UGGUAAUAAUAAUAAUAAUCAAACGAAUGUUAAAAUAUCAGUUUGAAAAUUUAUUUUUCUUUUCUGUUCUUUUGUGUUUUUUGUUUUUAUUCAAGUAAAUAUAUUUGGACAAUUUUAAGUAAAAAUAAUUCAUACCAUUGAAUAAUCAGUCAUAGUAAUCUAAACUAACUGUAUAUAUUUAAUUUACUAUACAAACCAUGAAGUUAUCAAUAAAAAAAUAUCUACCGUAAAAACGUUUUUUAUUUAUUUAAAUGUAAUGUAACUUCUCUACUAAAGAACAACUCAUUCAUGGAUUACUAUGAUAUCUUAGGUAAAUUUGAAACUAAUAUUUGUCUUAUAUCUAGGUCAGUACUAUUUAUUUUAAUAUGCAUUCGACAUUGAUAUAGAUUUAUUAUGGAAUAUAUAUAUAUAUCAGUGAACUUGUAUAUAGAAUCUAUGGAUAUAAGAUAUCAUCUAUGUGCUUUAUCUUCAAAGCCAGACAUAUAUAUAUAUCUAAUAUCGUAUCAAUAUGAAAAUAAGAUUUUUAUCUUCAUUCAAAAGUAAAUUUAACUAAUUUAAUUGAAAAUACGAUUUAAAAUUUGAGCAGUAAAAUAUAAGUAAAUUGGUAUUAUGAUUUUUAUAUAGAAUCACAACGUUUACUAUAUUAAAUAUAAUUAUGAUUUUAUUUUGUAAUAUCACUUGUAGGUUGAAAAUAAUAAAAAAAUCUCAAGAUUAUUUAUAUUUCUCAUGAUUUUAUCUAAUUAUAGAUUAAGUUGAGUCUUCUGUAACUCGUGAUGAUUACGUUACAUUGUAUAUAAAUUUGCUCUAUAGAAAAAUUUUCAUUCGGUCUAAUAAAAAUAAAAAAGAUAUAAUAUUCUGUCAUAUUGUUGUCAUUAAUAGAAAAAAAUGCAAACGUGCCAGCUGAUGCAUUUACGUAUAUAUAUAUAUAUAUGACUAAACAUUUAUUAUCUUUUCAUUCAAUCGACUAAGAAUUAUUUUGUAAAAUAUAAUGGUUGAUCUAAUAGAAUCGGACGUGAUCUAUGGUCCACUUGAUGAAAGUGAAGAAGCGGUUGCUGCUGCCAAUGAAUUAGCAGAAAAAAAUGAUGAUCCAGAUAUGCAAAUGCCCGAACAUGCUUAUGUACAACUAGUAGAUGAUUGUUAUAAUUGUUUCAAUGAUGGUAUAACAAAAAUUGAUUUUAUUCUUGUAUAUGAAGAUAAACGUGCAACAACUGUCGAUCAAUUGAUGAUUUCUUUACCACCAACAGAAACCACUGAAGAACAGGAUAGAAUAGCUAUUGCAUUAAAAAAACAAAAAGAUAGACAUCGAUUAUUUAAGAAAAGAUUUCUUGGUAAUUUAUCUAAAAUAGGUCUUCUAAUGGAAACUGAUGUUCGUGAUAGUGAACAAAGUCUAGUUUAUUUUAUUAAAAUUCAUAUACCAUGGCCAUUGAUGCUUAAAUAUGCUGAAGAUUUAAAUUUUCGAGUACCAAUUCGAGCAGUUAAUAAUUAUGAUAGUAAAAUAACAUUUGUUGAUCGUUUACUUCGUUUUUUACAUCUUUCACAUAAUCCAUUUUUAUCUGAAGCACCUAAACGUUAUUAUGAUUUAUUUACAUCGGAAUUUGAAGCAUCUAAACAAGAUAGUUUUAUGGGUGAUAAUCAUUUUCCAGUUCAUUUUUCAAAUACUCAACGAAGUUUUGCUGUCAAUGAAAUUUUACAAACAACAUCAUUUGGUCGAAUAGAAAAAGGUGAAAUUGGUAUUGCACGUCUAGUACGUGAAAGAGUUUUUCAAGCAGCUUAUCCAUUACAUGAAGGAGAUUACAAAUUUGAUAUAAACGAACGACAAACACCAUUCAAUGAAAAUAAUCCACGAAGAAUUUUAUAUGAUAAUUGGGCACGUUACGCCGUUUUUUAUAAAUAUCAACCAUUAGAUUUAAUUCGAGAAUAUUUUGGAGAAAAAAUCAGUCUUUAUUUUGCUUGGCUUGGACUUUAUACAACUUGGCUUAUACCAGCUUCAUUUGUCGGUGUCUUGGUUUUUCUAUUUGGUUUUAUUUAUCUAGCGAAUAAUCGACCAGCUCUAGAUGUUUGUACGAUCGGGAGAAAUAUUACAAUGUGUCCACUUUGUGAUGUGUGUCCUUAUUGGAAACUUUCGGAUACAUGUUCAUCUGCAAGUCUUGGUGUAUUUUUUGAUCAUCCUGGAACUGUUUUCUAUGCAAUAUUUAUGUCCUUUUGGGCGGUUACAUUUCUUAAACAUUGGAAACAGAAAAAUGCGGAAAUAACUCAUCGAUGGGAUUUAAUGGAAUUUGAUGAAGAAGAAAAUCGACCUCGACCAGAAUUUGCAAUACGUACAUCAACAGUAGAAAAAAAUCCUGUUACAGGAAUUCUUGAACCUUAUUUUCCACCUCGAUCUCGUUUAUAUCGUAUUAUAGGUGGUAUUAUCACUCUUAGCGUUAUGAUAUGUAUUGUUAUUAUUUUUAUCGUCGCUAUAAUUGUUUAUCGGAUAAUGAUAAGUAUUCCUUUAUUUCAAAAUCAAAAUUUACAACAAUAUGCACUUACAACAGCAUCAAUUACUGGAGCUAUAAUUAAUUUAAUCGUUAUUCUGGUAUUAGGUUAUUUAUAUGAAAUAAUUGCUUAUAAGUUAACACAAUGGGAAAUGCAUCGAACACAGACUGAUUUUGAUAAUCAUUUUACAAUGAAAGUAUUUAUUUUUCAAUUUACUAAUAUUUAUUCAUCAAUUUUUUAUAUAGCUUUUAUUAAAGGAAAAGCUGUUGGUUAUCCUGGACGUUAUAUAAAAAUAUUUGGUCUACGACAAGAAGAGUGUGGUCAAGGAGGUUGUCUAGUGGAGUUAGCAGUACAAUUAGCAAUUAUAAUGAUAGGUAAACAAAUUGGUACAAAUCUUCAAGAAAUAAUGUGGCCAAAAAUUCUUGCUUUAAUUCAACGAUGGCAAUUAUCAAUACCAAAAACUAGAAGUACAACUCGUUGGGAAGAUGAUUUUAAACGUAGUGAUUUUGGUGGUUUAUUUGAAGAAUAUCUUGAAAUAGUUUUACAAUUUGGAUUUAUAACAAUUUUUGUUGCUGCAUUUCCUAUAGCACCUUUAUUUGCAUUACUUAAUAAUUGGAUUGAAAUUCGACUUGAUGCAAGAAAACUUAUUUGUGAAACAAGACGUCCAAUUGCUUUUCGUUCAUCAACAAUUGGUAUAUGGUUUCAUAUUCUACAAAUUCUUGCUUAUUUAGCUAUUGUAGCUAAUGCUUUUCUAAUUGCAUUUACAUCUGAAUUUUUACCGAAAAUUCUUUAUCAAUAUACAGUCGAUUGGGAUUUAAUUGGUUAUACAAAUUUUACAUUAGCUAAAGCACCUGUAAAUACAACAACAAAAGAAUGCAUGUAUCGUGAUUUUCGUAAUCCAGAUGGUACUUUAACUUUAUUUUUUUGGAAAUUACUUGCACUGAGAUUAUUUUUUGUUAUCUUAUUUGAACAUGUUGUUUUUAUUUUAUGUCGAUUAACUGAUGCUGCUAUUAACGAUAUACCUGAUGCACUUUCGAUUAAAAUUCGACGGGAAAAAUAUUUAGCUAAACGAGCUUUACAAAAUUCGGGUGAUUAUAAGAAUCGAGUUCUCGAAGACGUUAACGUAGAACAUACAUCACGAUCAAAAUUAACUCGAUUUUUUCGGACUAGUAAAUCAAAAACACCUUCUGUUUCGGCCGAUAUACGAUGA